CAGCUCGAGGAAGAGCCAGCCGAGCAGGAAGGAAGAGAAGAGAGAGAGAGGGAGGGAGGACCCACUUCCGGCGCGGGAGGCUGGCGCUGCGGGUCUCGGAACCGGAAGUCGGCGCAGGAGGCCUCUCGACACCAGGAAAGGGAGCCGGCCUGGGGUGAAGUCUAGUCUGGGGAUGUAAACACAAUGAGUGUAAACCCGCAGACUCACACAGGGCCACCCUAUGGGCAACCACAGCCUGGUUAUCCAGGAUACCUGCAGCCUGGUUAUGGAGGGCAACCAAUCCCAAGUGUUCCUGCCUCUCAGUAUGGUGCUUAUAAUGGGCCAAUGACAGGAUAUCAGGCCACAGGUCCACCACAAGGUUAUUUUCCUACACUGGGGUUUUCUUCUAAGGGCUCUCCUGUGUCUCUCGAUUCUGAUGCUUCUUUUGCUCCUAACUUCUUAGGUUCUCUAAGAACUCCUGCCACUUCUGGAGCAGCUGCAUCAACACCUGGAACAUCAGUUCCUCCUGGGCAACCUCUUUAUAGUCAGUUUGGACAAGGAGAUGUACAUAAUGGGAUUCCUGCUUCUACAGUUCAGUUGCAAAGGCCUCCUCAGCAGUUUAUGCCUGGCACAGCAUCAGCUCCUCCUACGCAGCCAGCAACUUUCCAGCAAUAUGGGCUACCUCCAACAAGUACACAGCAGCUGACCAAUCAUAUGGCUGGAAUGCAGAUAGGCGGUACUUCAGCAUCUGUUCCUGCCCUAGCAGGACUGAGCUACGGUCCCCCAACAUCAGUUCCACCUGCCUCAGGAAGUUUUACAGCAACUGGAGCUGGGCAAUAUGUAUCAUAUGCAAACCAAGGACCACCACCUCCUAACAUACCCCAAGGAUUGCCUCCCACAAGCUUGUCUCAGGGUCAUCCUGUGGCACAGGCUGCCGUUUCUGGUCCUCCAUCAGCCCCACACCUUUCCUCUCAACCUCCUGGGUUUGGCCCACCACCUCUUUCUUCUGGGAUUGGAGCUUCCAGUUAUGCUCCUGCUGCAGGGAUUUCAAGGCCUCCCACAAUGCCAGCUGGAUCCUUGCCUGGUCAGGCAGUUAGUGGGCUUAUCACGUCCCAACCAAAUCAUGUGACGUCACCACCACCCCAGCCAUCUAUGACAGGGCCACUUCCUGGACCACCAAUGGCAGGCUUUCAAGGACCACCUCCCACUCAUCCUUCCCAGCCAGCAUAUACGCCACAACAAAAUGGAUCCUUUGGACAAAAUCGAGGAAAUCAGCCAAAUUAUGGUGCUGCUUAUUCUGGGCCAGCAAAUUAUGGGAGUCCACCUGCACCAGCACCUCCACCAAAACGUCUAGAUCCAGACUCCAUUCCUAGUCCACAACUUAAUGAGCUGCCACCUCAGCAGAAACCCAGACACAGGAUAGAUCCUGAUGCAAUUCCUAGCCCAAUUCAGGUAAUUGAAGAUGACAGGAAUAAUCGUGGGUCAGAGCCAUUUGUAACUGGAGUCCGUGGACAAGUACCACCCCUCGUCACUACCAAUUUCUUGGUCAAAGAUCAAGGUAAUGCAAGUCCACGGUACAUAAGAUGUACAUCAUAUAACAUCCCUUGCACUUCAGAUAUGGCUAAACAGUCACAAGUUCCUCUUGCUGCAGUCAUAAAGCCUUUGGCAUCACUUCCUACAGAAGAAACUCCUCCUUAUUUAGUGGACCAUGGAGAAUCAGGCCCUAUCCGGUGUAAUAGGUGCAAAGCCUAUAUGUGCCCUUUUAUGCAAUUUAUUGAGGGUGGAAGACGGUUCCAGUGCUGCUUCUGUAGCUGUGUCACUGAGGUGCCAUCCCACUAUUUCCAGCACUUGGAUCACACAGGCAGGCGAGUGGACUACUAUGACAGACCUGAGUUAUCAUUGGGAUCAUAUGAGUUCCUGGCAACUGUGGAUUACUGCAAGAAUAACAAGUAUCCUAACCCUCCUGCUUACAUUUUCAUGAUUGAUGUAUCAUAUAAUGCUAUAAGGAGUGGCCUGGUGAGGUUGAUUUGUGAAGAGCUGAAGACUCUCUUGGACUACUUGCCGAGAGAAGGAAACAUGGAAGAUUCGGCUAUCCGUGUGGGCUUUGUCACCUACAACAAAGUUCUGCACUUUUAUAAUGUGAAGUCCUCUUUGGCGCAACCACAAAUGAUGGUGGUGUCAGAUGUGGCAGAUAUGUUUGUGCCUCUGCUUGAUGGUUUCCUGGUUAAUGUCAAUGAGUCCCGCACAGUUUUCACAAGUUUACUAGACCAGAUUCCUGAAAUGUUUGCUGAUACAAGAGAGACAGAAACAGUGUUUGGUCCAGUGAUUCAGGCUGGCAUGGAAGCUUUAAAGGCAGCGGAGUGUGCAGGCAAACUCUUCAUAUUUCACACAUCACUGCCUAUUGCAGAAGCCCCAGGAAAACUGAAGAACAGAGAUGAUAAGAAGCUGAUAAAUACUGAUAAAGAAAAGACGCUAUUUCAGCCUCAGACGGCAUUCUACAAUAACUUGGCCAAGGAGUGUGUAGCACAAGGCUGCUGUGUGGAUCUCUUCCUUUUUCCUAACCAGUAUCUGGAUGUGUCUACCUUAGGGGUUGUUCCAUAUCAGACAGGUGGCUCCCUUUAUAAAUACACCUUUUUCCAGGUGGAAACGGAUCAAGAGCGCUUCUUAAAUGAUUUGCGUAGAGAUGUUCAGAAAGAAGUUGGCUUUGAUGCUGUGAUGAGGGUACGCACAAGCACUGGUAUUCGGGCAACAGACUUCUUUGGAGCUUUCUAUAUGAGCAACACAACAGACGUCGAACUGGCAGGUCUAGACUGUGACAAAACCAUCACAGUAGAGUUCAAACAUGAUGAUAAACUAAAUGAAGAAAGUGGGGCACUUCUUCAGUGUGCUGUAUUGUAUACAAGUUGUGCAGGACAGAGGCGGCUGCGUAUUCAUAACCUCUCCUUGAGCUGCUGCACACAGCUGGCUGAUCUUUACCGAAACUGUGAGACGGACACACUUAUCAACUACUUAGCCAAAUUCGCAUAUCGAGGCAUUCUAAACAAUCCAGUCAAGACAGUGAGAGAUACUUUGAUCAAUCAGUGUGCCCAGAUCUUGGCUUGCUAUCGGAAAAACUGUGCCAGUCCCUCUUCUGCUGGACAGUUGAUUCUUCCUGAAUGCAUGAAACUACUCCCUGUGUAUCUCAACUGUGUUUUGAAAAGUGAUGUACUCCAGCCUGGCUCUGAAGUCACUACGGAUGACCGCUCCUAUAUCCGUCAGCUUGUCACCUCAAUGGAUGUGGCAGAAACAAAUGUUUUCUUCUACCCUAGACUCUUACCACUGACCAAAGUAGACUUCAACAGCGAUUCCUUACCAACAGCAAUCAGAAAUUCUGAAGAGCGUCUCUCCAAGGGUGAUAUAUACCUGCUAGAAAAUGGACUGAAUAUAUUCUUGUGGGUAGGAGUAAAUGUUCAGCAGGGUCUGAUCCAAAACCUCUUCGGAGUUUCAUCAUUCAGCCAGAUUAACAGCUCUAUGUGUGUGCUACCAAUUUUGGAUAAUCCCUUUUCAAAGAGAGUACGAUCCAUCAUUGAAAUGUUCCAGUCUCAAAGGCCACACUAUAUGAAGCUCAUGAUUGUGAAGCAAGAAGACAAAUUAGAUCUGCUGUUCAAACACUUUUUGGUGGAAGAUAAGAGCAUGAAUGGGGGGGCUUCCUAUGUGGAUUUUCUCUGUCACAUGCACAAGGAGAUUCGCCAGUUGCUGAGCUAGAGUUGGAGUUAUGCUGGAUUCCAGCACUGACACUUCUGUGUUCACUAAUCGCCUGGUGAAUGGGCCCGACUCUUUCAGAACAAUAUAGAAACCUGUACAAUUCCAUAAUUUUUAAUAUACUGUGCGUAACAGUUUCAGUAUCUCCCAUGCCCUUUGAGAGAGUGAGACUUGGACAGAUCAAACACAUACUUAGGGUGGAGGAAAUUCUUUGAUUCCAGGUCUUAAGCCUGUGUCUCUCUCACUGUGCUUGGCAGGUUUUGACACCCUCUGCCUCCCACCACCCCAAUUCUGUUAUAAAAAAUGUCUUUUGAAUUCACUGUACAUGAUUCAGCAUCAGGAGAAAAAAAUGACUGCUUCUCAAAACUACACAGUGGCUGCUAUAUUUGCUCAUGUGAUAAUCUAAAUGAAAAGAAGCAAUAUAGGGAAACGUGGAUGGCAGACCUUGCUGGAUAUAGCAAGAGAGAGAUGCUGAAUAUAGCAAGAGAGAGAUGCUGGAUAUAGCAAGAGAGAGAUGCAGGAUAUAGCAGUCAAGCAACUUCUUUAUAUCUGGGGUGGAAGUAAUAUACUGUGAACAAAUUACAGUGGGGUGUUUUAGAAAACAUCACCUGCUCUCCAAGCCAGGGAAGCAGAGUAGACAUGCCUCCACUGUAGCUGUGUUGCUAUGCAUAUCUGCCUUGGAGUAAGUGGGUGGUAUGGAGCAGGUGCUGUCUCUGGAAAAGUGUUAUGAACAUACAUUGCCACCACCCUUUCUGGGAAACAGUAUCCUUUUCCCCCUUUUGCCAGUGUCUUCUUAAUUUAGUGCCUGUUGCCUCUUUCCAUUUAUGUGCAAGGGUUUUUCUUGGAAUAUUUUCUUAAGAUGGUUGUGCUUUCCCUUAUUUUCAUUUUAGAAAGUAAUGUUAUAUAACAAAGUGUCAAAACGACAUAGGAAGACACUUGAGAUGAUCAGUUGGAAUUGUACCCAAAAAGCACUGAGUCCUGUUGCACCAUGUGAAAGGAAUAGUUCAUAUAAUAUAAGAUUCAAAUCAUGUCACGAUGUUUGCUGAAGUUGAAACCCUAAGCAGUUUGAAUAAUUUUGACAUCACAUACAUUAACAUACAGCACGUAAAGGUUACAUCCUGAGUGAUUCGUAUUGGCCCACCAGUAUCUGAUACCUGAUGCUGUGCUUCAAACAAGAAGUCUAUUUAUGGCUGCCCUCUCCAAUGAUGAGCAAAAGACAUUUUGCUUGAAGUAGGCAGAAAAGAUGUUUGUAGCGAUACAGUGAUGCUUUCCAGACUUCAAGGAGUUCAAGGGCUCAUCAAGUUUCAAAGAGAAACUAAUUAUUUUUAAAGAAUGUGAUGCUUAUAUAUUCUUGCAGUGUUCAAAAUGUGCAGACGGAAUAAAAGCACUGGACUUGGAAACAGGAAAAGCAAGGAAAGAGAUUGCUUAAGCAAAUGGUGAAUUAAGGAUGAGUUUAGGAAAAGCAUUUAUUCCAUCUGCCAUUGAAAACUGAAAUUUCAAAGUGAUGUACAUGACUGAUUAAAUAAUCCAGGAGUGCGGUUUCUAAUCCCAUAACCUACAGUGUGUGUAUGUGCGUGUGUAUGUGUGUGUGUUUGUAAAUAUUUUCCUUCUAUUGCAGCUUGUUUGUCUUUUCUCUCAUGUCCCUUUCAUUACAUAGUAAAGGGGGGUGUUUAAGAAUUAUAAUUGACCAGAUCUCGAUGGGUUUUUAGCAGUCUAUUUGCAAGUGUGACUGAGCCAUUCCCCAAAUCCCUGGCCCAAACACAUAAUGCUGAUCCCAACCAAAAUAUUCAGAGAUUAUAUCAAUAAAGAGACAUGCUCUCUAAAACAAGGCUCAAGAACCAGAUGUCAAUACUAAUUUCUAGAAAUAAUAUAAAAGAAACGUAAGAUCAUAAGAUUUUCUUCACUUUUUCAAUUCAUCUUUUAAUUUGUAAAGAAAUAAUUAUAUGAAGAUGUAUUUUAUGUCAUUGGUAGUAAAUAAAUACUGAUUAUUUUUUU